AGUCUCAUAUAUAUAGAUUUGAAAUACGAGCGAUUUUGGUAAUUACUUGUCCGUCUCCUCGUUCCUGCAUUUUCACUUUCCCAUCUAAAUCCUUCUCUCUCUCUCUCUCUCUAGAUUUCCUCCAUUAAUCCCUUCCUCAUCCGUUCUCCAUUUCUCACUUGCUGUAUUUCACCGUAUUUAUAUAAAUUUUCAUAAAGAAAAGGCUAGUGAAAGAAAAACUUGUAUCAGCUCCGAAAAUGAGCAGCCAAAUCUUGAAGAAAAGUUUGUAUUUUACAGAAUUGGCCCUGAGAGUUGUGGUAAUUGCAUUUUCAGUGGCUGGAGCAAUCUCCAUGGUCACCAGCAAGGAGUCUGUAACUAUGUUCGGAAUCACGGUGAACGCCUCUUACACCUAUUCCUCUUCUUUCAGAUACAAAGUUGUUGCAGAUUCUGUAGUUUGUGGCCUCACGGUGUUGUCGGUCAUUCUCGUCAUUUGGCUAAACCAUCCUAAAUCAAAUCCCAAGAAUUACUUUUACUUGCUCUUAAAUGAUCUGGUGAGUUUGGUUUUGCUGGUGUCGGCAUGCUCGGCAGCGAUGGCGAUCGGGUUCGUGGGGCGGUACGGGCAGAGUCAAACGGGUUGGGUUUCGAUUUGUGAUCGAGUUCAGAAAUUCUGCGACAAGAUUAUGGUGUCCAUUGUCAUAUCUUUCUUGGCUGCCAUCUGCUUGUUUCUUCUUACUCUCAUGUCCGCACACAACCUCAAAUCCCACUCAUUUUUGGAAUCCAAUUCAAUUCCAACAAAUUAAUAUUAUCAUCUGUAAUCAAUUACUGUCACACCAAUGCACAUGUUUCUUUCUUCUCUCUCUUAUUUUAUGCUUACUUGUAAUUUUAAUGCAUUUGCGUGUUUAGUUUAAUGGAUUUGGAGUUUUUCACCAGACUUUUGUAUCUGCUACCUGAUUUUGUUGCUUUCUUUGAAGAAGUUAAUGUAUCAGCUUUAAGAUUCUGUUUUA